CAACUAGUGGCUUCGCCAUUUCGGAAUUGUUGCAACUGUCUAUUCUCACGGGAAGGAGCACGACUAGUACAACUUUGAGUCUUACAAAAGGUGUCAAAACAAAGAAAAACAGCCUUAGAAAUCCACUACAGGAGUGGUUGCCUCUAGGAGGACAAGUCUCUGCGAAGAACGUUAUUGAGGGUUUCCUUUGGGUGCUAGCAAAUUUUACGAAGCUUUGGGACUCUUACGAAGAGUAUGUGGAUGCAACCAAACUGGCCCUCAUCUCUGCUUACCAAGAGAGCUGUUUUGCCGCGAAUGGAAAGAAAUUUUUUACGGGAAAACAAAGAGCCGCACUCGGUGCUCUUUUCGACCAUUUGCCAAGCGGAAAGGCGACGCGAAAGAAUUUGGAGGAUGAAAAAGGACAAAUCGUGGAGCUUUUGAAACUUGGCGAUGUAGUUCGGGAUUACGACGAAAUGAUUCGGAAACGUAACUACGAUGCCGAGCGAAGUGGAGAUGCAGCCAAAAAGAGGAACAUUAAGGGUAGGUUGAAGGUGUUCCUCUUGCCGUGUGUUUUGCCUCUCCUAAGGGAGAAAGGCAGAACAAACGGGAAACAGAAACAGCAGAACCCUACAUCUAAGAACAGCCUGAAUAAGUUUCCGCCGAUCCAUGAUGUAUUGCGCAGAAAGUUUUUUGAUGGCCAAGAUUUUAAUCGUCUUUUCUUGAUUCGCAGGGGGGCUGAGGAGUUCUUUGACGGACUUGUUAAAAUCGAGAGAGUCCUCGAAGAGUCCCAGUCCGAUGAGGAUGAUGAGGAGCAUAAUCAUAAUCAAGAAGAACGAGGACCUGCAAGAAUGCCUCGUCCGGAAGACAGGUUGCUAGCGCAACUGCGGAUAAGGGCGAUUGAACUCCAUACCAUGCGUGCGACGUUGCUCGAGCUUUACAUUUCGAAUGUCCUCGGACAGAUUCAAAUUUUGAUCGAACGCAGACAGGAAAUACAAGCCGCGGCGCUAAUGCUGCAGCAAGCGAAGAAGCAUCUGGAUGAGAGAUGCAUGAAGAUAUACAACAUCAAGCACAACACGCAUAGUUAUGGUCAACAUUUAGUGUCCAUCAUUCUCGGCAUCUUGGUUCCCUUUUCCCUUGUAUUCUCGUGAAAUACAACAAGGUAAAGGUAGGGGUCAAGAUGAGGGGGCCGAGAUGCAAUCUAGCAGACCACUCUAACAUAGGCAGCAGAGAAGUCCGACAGAUCCUUGCCCUUCUCGUUGGACGAAGAAUAAACAUGAAGAUGUAGAUUUAAGUGCGAUGAACAUCAAGAAGAUGGUCGCGCAGUUCCUUCCUCCAUAUAUGAAUAAUAAAAAAAAUAAAAAGAAGGAGAUGAACAACAAACAAGACGUCCAGAUGUCGAAGCAGGACAAAGACAGUAAGACGAGUAAGGCAGUUGUAGUAGAGCACAUCGGGAAGCAAGUGACGACAGCCUACAGGACGGUGGACACUAAAUAUGGCUUGAACGAGGGGAAGCUGGGCAAUAUCCUUAGGAGACAAUUCUUCAGAAGUGGACAGCAGGUGGACGAAAAAAUGAAACAACUUCUCACCGGCCCAAAUUAUGAACUUGUACUAGUUGUACUUGUACUACAGCUACAACACUAUCUACUACGUACUUGAAUAACGAGAAGAACAAAGGCGAAGGUGCAUGAUGAUUCUCGAUAAGUUCUUGACUGAACACUUUCGAGGUCGUUAGCAGUUGCAGCCUCAUCUGCAUGAAUAACUACUCAUACAUUGUAACUUACUAGAAGUUGAUGAAGUAGAAGUAGAAAUUAGAAUAAUAUCUUAUCGUUAUCUACUUCUACUUUAGGAUAGAUAAUGAUAACUAACAGUAAUACUGGUGGAGCUGUAUGUUAGGAAGAAAAUGUGUUGUAUAUCUAACAUCCGGAAGCGUUGGCAGACGCAGAGCGUAAAAAGCUAGACGGGAAACUGCGGAAGGCAAUCACGAAAGGCCUUCUGUCGGAACAAAAAAAGCUCGCAGCAAAACAAGGUCUUUCCAAAGGCGGGAAAAAACCGAAGCUAACGCUGCCUGGCGCGGACGCUUUGAAGGAGUUGAACGUGUGCCAUAUCAAAAAACAGGGUGCUACAACAGGUGCUGCUGCAAAACAAGGUGUUCAUGAUGCAAAAGCUCAAGUCGAGAACAGAGGUGAUGAAGAACAGCGUCCGAUGUUGAUGGCUGAGAAAGUGUGUUUGGGAGAUGAAGAGGCGCAAGGUGAAGAUGCUGCUGCGCUAGCUGCUGAAGAGUACGGAUCGAGUCUGAGGAAGUACGUUUAUCUCGCACGGACACCAAAUGAAUUUAGAUUCUCUAAAAAUGAUGUUGAAGAUGAAGAAAGUGAACGACAAAAAAUGUCAACGAAGAUGGCCACAAUGCGGGAGGCGAUGGAGACUCUGUCGCUGACCAAGGACCAACAAGAUGAAAAAACUUCUGAAGAAGGUAUAAAAACUAUAACAGGAGAAGACAAUGAAGAAGAAGCUGACAUAGUUACAGAAGAUGAACAAGCUACAACAGUAGAAGAAGCUUCAACAGAAGAAGCUGAAAUAGAUGAUGAAUUGAAUUUGAUGGAUACGAGGCCCGAUCUUGAGAACCAGGCCGCGUUGAUAGAUAUCAUCUUAGGCGUCCUAGAUCUCUUGUCCUCAUCAAAGACUACGCGGAAGUAAGAGUUGUAUCUGCAUGCAUCUAGUGUUGAAAUAUUAAUCAAUCCAAAUCCUUUUCCUUAAUAUAGCAUGGCGAUGGCUGUAGCAACUACACCUUCACUAUAUCACUAUAAAAAGCCCAAGUCGUUUGUUGAACCGUUUAUCUUCAUUUUUCGUCAGGAAGAUGAUUUUGUUGACCUGUGAAAGAAGAUGCUAACGCUGGUGUCACCCUCAUCGUGCGUUUUUGUACGAAGAGUCCGCAUUUUCUUCAGCGCAAAUCCUUGGAAGACCUGGUGAGCCAUGCCUUUGGUCUUCAGCAUACGAAUGAAU